AUGGAAGAGCCAGCUCCAUUGUUACCCUCCGUUAUUGACCUCAAAAAAAAGAAAAAAGUUGAAACCAAGUUUGUUAUCGGCUUAGACGAACACACCACGCCGCGACCGCCGCCACCUGAAGGAAUCACCAACUCAGCAGCAACAGCAACAGCACCACUACUACGACGGCAGCCACCACCUCAUCGUCACCAUCAACAUCAUGUUAAGAGGCGGACAGCAGGACGAAUGCAUAAAAUGACCAAAGCUCACUUGAGUGACAGUGAAGCAGACAGCAGUAAACCGUCUAUAGCAACCGUUGCUAUGCGACGGUCUCAGUCGCAACGGUCACUACAGCAACAAGUACAAAAACGAAGGUGGUCACCGCAACAACAACAACAACAACAAAAGACAUCGCCAUUAGAAACAGAUGAGCAGCGACGAAGAAGAAGCAGUGCAAGCAGCAGCAGGAGCAACCCAGCACUAUUUGUAUCACAACAACAAAUGGCUGCGCCAAUCGAGCAGACGUUCAACGCUAUAGCCAAUAAUCUCGUGUCUCCUAACGGGGCUGCGUACCCGGCGUGUGUGCAUGCAGCAGCAGCGUCUCCCGUUGUCUCCUUGCCUGCGUCUCCACAGCGGUCAUCCUCCUCCUCCAUAGCGAAACAUGUGCUGCGGUCGCAAUUUAUCAGCAAUGAUAGUAGUAGAGGUGAUGGUGCUCAGCAUCAGCAGCAGCAGCAUCAACAUCAACAUCAGCAUCAGCAUCAACAACAGAAAGAGGAGGAAGGGGAGGGGGAGGAGAAACGGCCGCCAGCAUACAUUGCUCGGGAGCUGGACCGGAUAGACCGAGAGUACCAAUGUCUGAAACAACAUCGGGACCCAAUGAUGGAAAGUCUUGUACGGUGUAUGCGAGUCAUCCGCCGAUCAGCACCACUCACGCUGCCUAUCCACCAGCACUUCAAUCGAACCAUGUCAACCUCCGCUAUCCCCUCAUCAUCAUCAUCCAAAGCACUGCAUUCGGGUCAUCGGCAGGCUGCCGCAGCACUUCGUCGUCGACAACACCAUAAUCAACAAAUCAUCGCCAAUAGUGCUAACGGACAACAGCGACUUUAUUCCUCAGCAACAACCCUUGUCGCCGCCUCAGGUGAAAGUAACACGUCGCACGGAGGAAUUCUCAGUGCAUUGUGGGACCGUAUGCUGCAAAGUGUCAACUAA